CUCGGGGGGGUGUCAGUCAGUGCUGGUUGUUCGUCCUCAGUGCAGGACAACAGCACCGCAAUCCAGCACAAUGGCUUCCUUCCUCCAGCGUUGCCCCUUCCUGACCCGGGACCCCAGCGUCUUCUUGCUCAAAGCUCGCCCGCUGCUGGUGAGCAGUGCCCAGCGAUGUCCUGUCAUGGUAGCCCGGACCCUCAUGGGCUCCUCCCCAGACCUGCAGAGGGGGACGGACUACUCCAUCCCACUUGCAGUAGGAUCUGUCCCCCAGGAGUCGGGGCUCCCAGAAGCAGCCUCCAGCCCUUCCCAGACCCACUGCCCCUUCAUGGAGUCGGAGGUGUGGGGCGGACGGAGCCGGAUCGUUCAGCGCGCCGGGCCAGAGGUGCAGGAGGAUGUGAAGGUCUACAAGGCAGACCCCCUCAGCUCUCUGCUCCUCGAGGUCCAGUCCAGCCUCCGGAAGAAAUUCCUGGGCCGUGACGGGCUGGGGCCCGACGCCCGGCUCCUCCCCACCCACCUGCUCCAGGACAACAUGCCAG